AUGCUAUCCUUCAAACGCGGCCUGCACAGCACUUUGGUUGUGUGUGCCAGGACCAAAUACACGAAGCCUAAACCCAAACCAAGAUCAAGACCUAAUGUGAGGCCCCCAACGCAAGCCACUCACCACAGCAACAAUCUAAACAUCACAGCUCCUAUUCCUCCCGCGGUAGCCAAUAUCGUUACACCCGAGGAUCACCCCCUGUGGCAGUUUUUCGCGGAAAAGAAGUAUAUGCGCAAAUUCGACGAGCUGGAUAACGACUCUAGAGCAUGGAGUAUCGCAGAGCUUAGAAGAAAGUCGUUCGACGACUUGCACUCGCUAUGGUAUACGUGUCUGCGGGAAAGAAAUAUUUUGGCUCGCGAAAACCACCUGUUGAAGAACGACAUGGGCUCUAACCAGGACUCAUACGAAGCUGUAGCCGAAAAGAUCAGAACAACCAUGUGGAGAAUAAGGCACGUUUUAAGCGAGCGCGAUUGGGCUUUCAAAAGAGCAAGCCAGGAGUUUGACUCUCAAAAAGCCCAGUUUUUGCAAGAAUUCGAAACCGACUUUCUAGAGGCACCAGCUGCGGAGGACGAAGAAUCUUUUGAAAAGCUGGCACGCUUGCAGCAAAGUGUCUUUGGCAUAAGUGAGUUCAUCGACGAGAACACUGUCGACAGAGCUUUCGUUGACGGUAUGAAGUACGUUGCAACUCUGAAGCUAAAACGGUUCGCAUCUAGACAAGACGAGGCUCGAGAUCUUCUCGAGCAAUCUGAUCACAGCAUAAAAGAUGCGGGUGAAGCAUUUGUUAUCUUCACCGCAGAAAACACUGAAGCUGCAGCAAAAGAAGCCUGCGACGUCGUGAAAGAGCUCAGAGCCAAGAACAGCUCGGUCUCCCGCUACGAGGAACUGGAAACGGUGAGCAACUACGUCAAGCAGUUGGCUGCCGCGCAAAUGGAAAAGACCAUUUCCACUGGCGUGUAA